UCCCGAGAGAGUAAAUAGGUGACAGGACAAGAACACUCACUCCCAGGCUUUCUUCCCAGCGGAGCAGCGGUGGGUGGAGGCCGGUUUCACCCCUGCCCCUCACCCCACUCGCUCAGGGCCUCCAACCUCGGCAGCCGCUUCCUCCAUUCCUCUUGGAAACCUCCAGUCCCUUGGUCUUGCCCUGCUUGUGUGAGGUCUCCAUGCCAGGAUGUGUGGUGAGGGGCCCCAAACCUGAAACUCAUGUUGGGUUGAGAAUGACCUGAGCCUUCACCUUAUUUUUCCCCUUUAAUUGGAGGAGGGAUUCCCCCAUUUUCCGGACUUAAUAACACCCUCUCUCCCCACCUCGGAAGGAACCUACAAUAAGCUGUACAUUGAGAUUGAAUUCUCACUAGCUCUGUGACCUUAGGCAAUUCACUCAACCUCUCUGAACCUCAGCUGGCCCUAUUUGUUCAGCGAAAACAGUCUAGCACUAGUUUCCGGGUAGUUGGAGAUGGGAUCCUUGGGAGUGAAGAUUUGAUGUAGCAUAAAGAUAGGUCUAGAAGUUGUGGUACAUGAGAGGUGUUGGGAGCCUGGGGACAGGGAGUGGCUCAGUUUAGUGGCUGCUUUCUGGGCUCCAUCUCUGCAGGCCCAGGAGUGACUUGGGGACAUCAGAUGCUCUGAGCUGGUAUCAGAUCCUGGGGUGUUGCUGAUCAAUGACAGACAAGAACGAAAUACCUAGGUUGGCCAGCGGAAUGCUAGGAUGUGGGUAGGACUGGAGGGCUGCCUGUGGCGUUGACUGGUGUGCAGAACUGGGCCCGGGGCUGCUGAAAGCAGAGAGAGCAGGGGUGGAGCUGGGGGAGAGGGCAGAAGUAAACACUUCUGCAAGCCUAAGCUGGUCUUGCUGAGGGAAGGGGCCUGCUCCCCUCCCCGUCUCACUUACCCCCUGUGGAGAGAGGAUGGGGCACAAGCAGUGCUGAAGUGUGUGUGUGUGGCAGGGGUCCCCUCCCCACUACCUAAUCCUAAUAGAACUCUGAGCCCUGGGCCUUCUCCCCUCCCCCCAGCAGAGCCCUGUGGUCCUCAUCCCUCUAGAAAAUGUCAAUACUGUUAUUCACCUCUCUGUUCUCAGUGCCUAGAACAGUGCCUGGCUAGCACGCAGAGGCAAUUAGUGAAUAUAUAUUGAAAAGACGAUUGAAAGGAGCUCUCUAUCAGAGCUACAGGGUGGCUUUAUCUCCUUCUGCUUCAGCUUCUGUGCUCACUAGUGAGGCUUCUCAGGAUGGGGUCCCGUGAGGCCCCAGGGAUUCUCUCCUGAUGUGCCCUGUGCCACCUUUUUGACUCUGGACCCUCACCCAGGACCCCACGGACAAGGCCUGCUGCCUGAGCUUGAACUAGAACCUCUGCCUAGUAACUUCCCAGGCCCCCUUGGCUCCUACCCUUCUGUUGGCAAGUCUGUGCAUCCGGAGUCUGAGGAGGGCCAUGGAGAAGCAGGACUAAGGGCCAAGGCCCCCAUCUCACACUGCCUCUGCUCCAGCAAGCACCAGAGGGAGGGAGCUGCCAGCCAGGCACAACUGAGCACACCAGGACCAUGACAACCAGUCACCAGCCUCAGGACAGAUACAAAGCUGUCUGGUUUAUCUUCUUCAUGCUGGGCCUGGGGACGCUGCUUCCCUGGAAUUUUUUCAUGACAGCCACUGCGUAUUUCACAAACCGCCUGGACCUGUCCCACAAUGUGUCCUUGGUCACUGCCGAACUGAGCAAGGACAUCCAGGCCUCGGCCACCCCCGCAGCACCUUCUUCAGGACGGAAUUCUCUCACUGCCAUCUUCAACAAUGUCAUGACCUUGUGUGCCAUGUUGCCCUUACUGCUCUUCACCUGCCUCAACUCCUUUUUGCACCAAAGGAUCCCCCAGUCUGUACGGAUCCUAGGCAGCCUGGUGUCGAUCCUCUUGUUGUUCCUGGUCACCGCUGUCCUGGUGAAGGUGCAGAUGGACCCUCUGCCCUUCUUUGUCAUCACCAUGAUAAAGAUCAUGCUCAUUAAUUCAUUCGGCGCCAUCCUGCAGGGCAGCCUGUUUGGUCUGGCUGGCCUCCUGCCUGCCAGCUACACUACCCCUAUCAUGAGUGGCCAGGGACUGGCUGGUAUCUUCGCCUCGGUGGCCAUGAUCUGUGCCAUUGCCAGUGGCUCAGAGCUGUCAGAAAGUGCCUUCGGCUACUUUAUCACAGCCUGCAUGGUUGUCAUUUUGGCUAUCAUCUGUUACCUGGCCCUGCCCAAGCUGGAAUUCUACCGCUACUACCAGCAGCUCAAGCUCGAGGGGCCUGGAGAGCAGGAGACCAAGUUGGACCUCAUCAGUAAAGAUCCUUCCACAGCCCGUCACCCACCAGGAGAGGAGUCAACAGCAGUCAAAGAGGAACCUGGAGUGUCGGCCCCCAACUCUCAGCCCACUAGCAGGAGCCACUCAGUCAAAGCCAUCUUCAAGAAUAUCUCAGUCCUGGCUUUCUCUGUCUGCUUCAUCUUCACGAUCACCAUUGGAUUGUUCCCUGCUGUGACCGCUGAGGUGAAAUCCACCAUCGUGGGCACCAGUUCCUGGGAAGCCUACUUCAUUCCUGUAUCUUGUUUCUUGACUUUCAACAUCUUUGAUUGGCUAGGCCGGAGCCUCACAGCUGUCUUCAUGUGGCCUGGGAAGGAUAGCCGCUGGCUGCCGAGCCUGGUGGUGGCCCGCCUGGUGUUCGUGCCCCUGCUGCUCCUGUGCAACGUGCAGCCCCGCCGAUACCCGACGGUCUUUGAACAUGACGCCUGGUACAUCUUCUUCAUGGCUGUCUUCGCCUUCUCCAAUGGCUACCUCGCCAGCCUCUGCAUGUGCUUUGGGCCCAAGAAAGUACAGCCCGCCGAGGCGGAGACUGCAGGAGCCAUCAUGGCCUUCUUUCUGUGUCUGGGCCUGGCACUGGGGGCUGUCUUCUCCUUCCUGUUCCGGGCAAUUGUGUGACCAUGUGGGACAGAAGGACAGCACUGCCUGCCUGCCUGCCUCCUGCCUGCUUCCUUCUGCCGGGAAUGAGCAAGGGUGGUCUGGAAGUUUGCUCUCCUAGCCCACUUCUGCUUUCUUAAGGGCCUGUGCUGGGCUGACCCGGAUGUCCAGGCCCUGGGAACAGAGUCUCUUGGAUGGACAGCAAGGAUGUUAGGGACUGGAGAGUCAGAGUUGGGAGGGGACACAGUCUGCCUGAUGGCUUUGACUGAUCCCUGCUUGAGCACAGCAGGAGAAGCUCCUGGGCUCAGAUAGCGUCUUCUGUCUGUUUGUCUGUCUGUGUGUCUAUCUGCCUGUACCAGAGAUGGCUGGGGGCUGGGAGUGGUCUCUGUACUGUCUGAUCUGAUACUUGCCAGCCCUCCUUCCCAUGUCCUUCUUCCUCCUCUGUUACUUCCUCUGUUUCCCAAACCUUGUUCCCACCUGUCACGCACUCUGUACAGCUGCUGAUUUACUGAUUUACUGCCUUUUUAUACAUGACAGAAACCAGGUGCCUUCGGAGGCUCUCUGAUAAAAUAAACUUUUUUUUUUUCCUCCCCCUCCAUGGCUCUGUGUCAUUGAAGAGGAUAGAAAGAAGGCCAGCAACUUGAGGCAGAAUGAGAGAUGGUGAACAUGACCUGGCUGGGCCUGAGUCUGAGGGGAGGGUGUAGCCCCUUAGCCUCAGAAGGCUGCAGUGCCCCCUGCUGGGACCCCAGGGGAAGACAGGCCUGGAGCCAGGACACCUGGAUUGAGAGCCAGACCAAGAAAGGCUAAGUUUUUCUUUGCUUUGAAAAGUUUUUCUCUCCUUUGUCUUUACUGCCACCUGCCCCGCCUCCACUCUGUCCUCAGCCCCUGGAAUGAGCUUGGUAAAACUGUCCAGCUCCUCCCCCAGGUCCUGGCUGUACUCCCACAUCCCUGAGCAGGAAGAAGAGGCUGAGGCCUGAGGGUUCUCCCUUACCUGGCACAUGGCCCUGACACCAAAGCCCAGCCUGCCAGAUUUACUGGGGAACAAGGGGCCUAAGUGUCUUACCAAAGCUGGACCUCCCCUUUUCACAGGAAUUUCAUUUAAUUGAGGACAUCAGGCCACAGUAAGUGCUAGCAGCGCUUUUUUUUUUUGAGAUAGGGUAUCACUAUGUAGCCCAGGUUAGCCUCAAACUCAGGAUCCUUCUGAAUGCUGGGAUUACGGAUGUGUACCACCGUGCUCGGCUGUAUAACGAGGUCAAACCUUAUGGGGUAAAGCAUAUAUACCAUUGUGCUGGGCACUGAUAUCUAUUCAAUUUGUUGAGUUAGUAUAUAUCUGAGCUGGUAGCAAACAGGGCAUUCCUUUUCUGUCAGGUUCAAAAGCUGCGUGUCCCCUGAAUGUUCUUCCUGCAGCCUCCACAGUGCAUAUGACAUGAAGCAUGUUGAGUACAAGCCUGACUCCUGCUCACCCUGGGCCACCCCUGACUUCCCUAUUGUGCUCAAAUCCUGUGUGCCUUCCUUAUCGACUUCCUUCCUCAGCACCAGCAACUCUCUAGGGUCCCUCUUCACCACCUCCUGUAGAGUCUGUGGGACUUAACUUCCAAGUCUCUUCCAAUCUAUCCCACACAUGCCCACAAGAAUAAUCUAGAAGCUAAGUUAGGGGAGCGCUGGUCCCUCACUGAGGCAUGCACCUAUCUGCUCAAGCAUCUCCUGAUGCUCUGCUCAACACAGCAGUUUCUGCAAUUUCUUCCACUUCAAUGGCACAGAACUUUUGUAAUCUGACUCAUCUCUCAUGUUUGUAAUCUUUGCCCAGCCACAGGGUUAUCAUGUUUUUGAGGGGAGGGUUUGUGUUUUACUCGUGUUUUGGCUUUUCAGGCUUGAAGUACUAUGCCUGGCUCCUAGGGGUACUCAAAACGUUUUCUGCAGUGCACCUGCUCAUGUCCAGGUGUCACCUGUCUCUCCAGGUGGCCCCCACAUGCCCCACUCCAGCUGCAUGGUAGCACUCAUUGCCUGUGCCCUGGGAUACUUGGUUUCUGGCAACCCCAGUGGUGUUUCGAAGAAAGCAUAUUUAGAAUGGACUCACUUUCUUCCUUUCUGUACUUAAGUUGACUUUGAAGAAAAUUACUAGAAUAUAGCCUAAUGUGGUGAUGCAUGCCUGUAAUCCAUUCUAGUCUGCAAGCAUAGG